AUGUUCCUGUUAGUUCUACUUCUAGAAGUCAUCUUCUCGUCUCUGGGGACUGCUUCCCCCGUUCUGAACCGGAGAGACAUACCUUCGUCUCUGCUGGAACAGUUCAAUCGUUUCUCGCAGUAUGCCGCAGCUGCCAAUUGCAAAGCAAACCAUAACGAAUCAUCUCCCGGGUUGCCUGUAUACUGUGACCCUGGAAACUGUCCCCUCGUUAAAGAAGCCGAUACUGAGAUCGUAGAAGGCUUCUGGGGAGUGGAACCCGGCGAUACGACGGGCUAUCUGGCCCUCGACCGAACGAACAAACUCGUUCUACUCGUAUUCCGGGGCACCGUCUCGAACGAAAACGGAGAGACGGAUAUGAAAUUCAAGCACGUUGACGCAUCCGAUAUGUGCGCCGGGUGCAAAGCCCAUGAGGGUUUCUGGGGAGCCAUAAACAGCGCUUUAGAGAAACUGGCAUCAAAGAUUGAGGAUACCCUGAAAGCAAAUCCCGGAUUCAGCUUUGUUGUGGCAGGACACAGCCUUGGUGGUGCUCUUGCAACUCUGGGGGGGACGACCCUGAGAAAUAAGGGACAUACACUGGACAUGUACACAUUCGGCGCACCAUCAGUGGGAAAUUAUGCCCUUGCAAAAUAUAUCACGGACCAGAACUCUGGGAAGAAUUAUCGCAUCACUCACACAGACGAUGAAGUCCCGAAGGUGCUGUAUCGGGCAUCAAGGGAGUGGCUGCUCCAUCUUAUUGUCCCUGAGUACAGUCAAUCGUCUCCGGAGUAUUGGAUCACUUCAGAGAAUGAUGUUGAUCCAACUGAGUCGGAUAUCAAGCUGAUCGAAGAGAUCAAUAAUGAAGAGGGAAAUUUGGGUCAAGGAGGGAUCAGUUUGGAUGCUCAUGGUUGGUACCUUGGGAGUAUGUCACUUUUCAGCUUCACCAUUGCUCUCCUCGUCGCCUUUGCGGCUUCGAGAACCUUCGCUGAAACUGUUGAUGAGAACAUACUGGCUGAGAACAACGAGGGUACAUCUUUACAUGCCUCCCUGAUCUCCUUGUCGACUGCAAAGGUUUCGCUAACUGGUGCCACAAGUGUAAAUGUCGUCGAGGGACAUGCGGUAGCAACACGGAGUGUCCACGCGGCUACUACUGCUGGCGUGGCAACUGUACUCGCAUUCCCCACCAGCACAUUGAUGACGACGAGACUGUCCCUGUUGGCUCUGGAGUCAAUGCAGAGAACGAUGAAGCUGGAUUCUCCAGAAGAUGCCCUCGCCGCGAGCACUGUUUUGAGGGCUGGCAUUGCUGUCCGAACGGUAGAAGGUGCUGCAUCGACAAUCCGGAUUUUGUGCGCUCUCCCCCGCGAGGCCCUGCUUCGGACAGGAGGCACGAUUAUUCCAGGGAGCAGCACGAUUCCGGACCCCGUUACCGAAGCCGGGACCGCGAUGAUCAUCGACGACGGUCAUCAAGGUCGCCCCGGCGCGGAAGACCAGCGUACAGAGACCGUGACCGAGAAGGCUACCGCUCGCCUGGAUACCAUAGCCGGAGUAGAAGCUACAACCGCAGCCGCAGUCGUAGCGCGCGACGAAGUCGCUAUCCCGGACAAGAGAGUAGAGAAGUCAUGA